AUGGCAAUUACCGCUAAGAGUUGUAAAGUACUGGCAAGCCCAUCUGUGGGUAAGCCUAUGGUGGAUAUUUUGGCAGAGAAUGUUGAUGAAGUAGAUAAUGACCAUUCGGUAGAGUCUAAAAAAUUUGAUGAGAUUAUUUAUGAUGUUGCAUCCAACAGGCAGCAGGCUGAUGAGUUGAAAAGAGAGGAAGACAAGGAAAAGAAAGUAGUGAAGAAGGCAGACCCAGGAGCAUUCACUAUUCCUUGCACGGUAAGGUCCUUGGAAUUUGCUAAGUCUUUAUGUGACCUGGGAGCUAUCAUCAACUUGAUGCCGCUAGCUAUUUAUAAAAAGUUGGGUUUGGGAAAACUCACACCUACCAAUAUGCGACUUGUGAUGGCGGAUAGAUGGGUAAAACGACCUGUUGGUAUUUUGUAUGAUAUGCUGGUGAAGGUGGCUACCUUCAUAUUUCCUGUGGAUUUUUUAAUUCUGGAUUGUGAGGUAGACUUGGAGGUGCCCAUAAUCUUGGAUCGACCUUUCCUCGCAAUCAAAAGUGCACUGAUAGAUUUACGAGUUAAUGAGCUUUUAUUUAGGAUAAAUGAUAAAGUCAUGCAUUUUGAUUUGGGCAAAUCAAUGAAACAACAUAAAGAGAUGAGCGUGUUCUCAAUUGUUGAUGUAUAUUAUGAGGAUGAGAAGGAAGUACCAAUAGAUAAGCAUCUUGCUAUUGAGUCGAUAGCCACAGUAGUUAUGAAUUUUGAUCGUGAAGAUAUUGCGGAGUAUGCAGAGACCCUCGACCUUGAUCUUAAUAACCAACCAACACCACCGGUAAAGCCAUCUGUCAAAGAGCCAUCGGUGUUGGAAUUGAAAGAGUUACCCAGUCAUUUGAGGUAUGUGUUUCUGAGUAGCAGUAAUUUACUACCCAUUAUUAUUAUUGCUGAUCUGGGUAGGCAACAGGUGGAAGCUCUUAUCUCUGUUAUUAAGAUAUAUAAGAGAGUUAUUGGUUGA